AUGCCUUGCUUCGUCGUGCGCUCGGCCCCUCGUGUGAGAGAUGCCUUGCUCUACGAGGCAAAGCUGCUCAAGGCAGGGCUGGUGGUCAUAGGGCCCGUGCGACGCACCAUCACUCUUAUAGGUGGUAGUGCCGGGUCUGACGUGGACAUGAUGACGUUCCUCGCCGACCGGCUGCCGGCCAGCUGCAAGAUCAUGCUCGUCUCAAAUAACGCCUGCUCCGCUACAAGACAAGGCAGAUCUCCCCGGUCCCAAUCCAACGGCCAGGAUUUCUUCGCCCCUCCCCCAUCCCCAGUCCCCCCUGCCCCACCAACCGAAAUCAUUCGAGAAGUUUACGGGCAGGACGAGUACGGGCAGCAGGAAUUUUACCUUGACGAGCUCCUAUUGGCCACGGAUAAUUUCUCCCCGCGGAGAUUGAUUGGGGAGGGCGGCAGCGGUCAGGUGUUUGUGGGUAUGCUUCCACCUGGCAGGUGCCCUCAGGUGGAAUCCCAGGGUGGGGAGAGCGACGGAUGGGGGAGAGGGGCGUGGGGGGAGGGCGGACCAGGGGGAGGCGCAGCAGGGGGGGGCGCAGCAGGGGGGGGCGCAGGGGGAGGCGCAGCAGGGGGGGGCGCAGGGGGGGGAGGCAGCAGUGGGGGGGCCAGUGGGGGCUGUCGGAAGGUAGCGGUGAAGAGGCUACGGUGGUGGGGCCCGGCUGUAGCGGACGUGCAGGGGGCGGCAAAUGCUCGGCAGUUUCUGGCGGAGCUGCGCGUGCUGAGAAGGAUUCGGCACCCGAGCCUGCUGGGGCUGCUGGGUGUGUGUGCGACAGCAGGAGAACUGCUGAUGGUCUUUGAUUACCUUCCAAAUGGCUCCCUGGAAACAAGGCUGAGAGAUCAUACGAAGCCGCCUCUACCUUGGGAUUUGCGCAUGCGCAUCGCCUGUGAGGCGGCCACCGGGCUGGCCUUCCUGCACGCGUGCCGGCCGCCCAUCAUCCACCGGGAUGUGAAGGCUGCCAACGUGCUGCUGGAUGCCCACAUGCACGCCCUGGUCUCCGAUUUUGGCCUGGCCAAGGUGGCUUCAGACCAGUACACCCAGCCAAUGGCAGUUACCAGCAUCAUGGGCACCCGAGGCUACGUGGCACCAGAGUACGUGCAAACAGGGCUCAUAACAGCAGCAAUAGACGUGUACGCGUUUGGAGUCAUUCUUCUGGAGCUUAUAACGGGUCAUGUGCCCUUCCAUCCCGGCAGGCAGCCCCCCAACCUCUCUGCCUGGGCCAUCCCCAUCGCCAACAACAUGGAGUUCACGCGCCUCGUGGACUACCGCCUGGAAGAACGCUACGACCCAGCGCAGCUGCAGGCGGUGUCCAUGCUGGCCGUGCUGUGCCUCGCCUCCAACCCCAAGGAGAGACCUUCCAUGGACCAGGUUGUUACCUGGCUGAGGGACUGGAUAAGGGUUCGCACCACAGACCAACUACAAACAUCUUAG